AUGUUGUUUAUCCUUGGUCUCACGAAUAGUUUAUCAGUGGCUUUACAAAGGAAAGACCAAGACAUUUUGAAUGCUAUGAGCCUAGUGAAAUCCACCAAACAACAAUUAUGCAAGCUCAGAGAUGAUGGAUGGAAUUCUCUUCUUACUAAAGUUUUUGCUUUUUGUGAGAAUCAUGACACUGAGUUGCUCAUUAUGGAUGACGUAUUUGUUGACCCAAGAAAGCCAAGAAAAAGAAGCAACAUGGCCAACUUGCAUCAUUAUCAAGUGGAGUGCUUUUACACUGUAUUGGAUAUGCAAAUUCAGGAGUUUAAUGAUCGUUUUGAUGAGGUAAACACUGAAUUACUUGGUUGUGUUGCUUCUUUAAGUCCUAUUGAUUCAUUUCAUGAGUUUGAUCCGUUGAAGGUUAUGAGAUUAUCUGAGUUUUAUCCUGAAGAUUUUACUUCUGUCGAUCGAAUAUCACUUGAACACCAACUUGGUUUGUACAUCGAUAAUAUCCGGGAAGAUGAAAGAUUUGCUAAUUUGAAGAGUAUGGGGGAUCUUGCACAUGUGAUGGUGGAGACAAGAAAAUAUCUUUCGCAUCCUCAGGUUUAUCGACUUCUGAAGCUAGUUUUGACUUUACUUAUAGCCACGGCAACGGUUGAAAGAUGUUUUUCUGCAAUGAACAUUGUGAAGACUAGUUUGCGCAACCGUAUUGGUGAUAAGUUUCUAAAUGAUUGUUUAGUCUCUUUUAUUGAAAAGGAAUUAUUUGAUAAGGUGACAAAUGAAAUAGUGAUGAAAAUGUUUCAGGAUAUGAAAGAACGUAGGAUAACUUUAUAA